CUCGGCGAGUCCCUCCUGUGGCUACUUCUGACUGGCUGCCGGCUCUGUGGGCGGGGCCUCAGCCGCUAUAAUUGAGGGGGCAGUUGGCGUGGGCUGCUCCUGUCAGCGUUGUGCGCGGUGGUCCUGCUCGGUGCCGGUUGGGGGAUGUCUGAACCAGCUCAGCAGCCUGCUCCUGGGGCCCCAGAAGGGGGACCCCCUGCCGGGGGCCCCCCGGGGCCGCCCCCCAAUCUCAGCAGUAACCGUCGGCUGCAGCAGACGCAGGCCCAAGUGGAGGAGGUGGUUGAUAUAAUGCGUGUAAAUGUAGACAAGGUACUGGAACGAGACCAGAAACUGUCAGAGCUUGAUGACCGGGCAGAUGCACUCCAGGCUGGUGCCUCAGUAUUUGAAAGUAGUGCAGCAAAACUCAAAAGGAAGUACUGGUGGAAGAACUGUAAGAUGAUGAUCAUGAUGGGAGUGAUUUGUGCCAUUGUGGUGGUGGUGAUUGUAAGGUUUGUAGGAGCAGUCUAUAAGAGGAGCUCCUGAUGCUGCAGACAUUGCAUCCAGAUGUGGACAUCCCUCUGCUGUCUGCUGCUGGGGAGUGAGAGAUUCACUUCAGGUCUGCACACGUGUACCUGACUCUGCAAGAAUUCAUUGUUGGUUGUUGCCUCUGGGCACAACUCAGCCCCACACUGCCUGGGCUACCAUGGACCUCAUGAUGGACCACUACCAUGAACCUCACCAAGAACUGCUGGCAACUGCUGCUGGUCCCAAAGACCAGGCUGAAACCGUCCAUCCCCACUGCAGGUGGGCUUUCUGAGCUCCUCAGUCAAUUUUUCAACUAGAGGGACAUUUGGCAUUUUCAGUAUCUGCUUGUCACUCAUUGAAGGAGACGUAUUGGGAACCCACCUUUGUGUUGGAGGUAACUGCAGUUUCAGCUGUCCUGAGAGCAGGACUGUGUUUUUGCAGUGGGUAAGAGCUGGACUGGUUUAGCAUGACACAUCCUGCUGCAGAAAGAAGGAAUGGAGCUGGGGAUCUGCAGUAUUUUUUCUGGGACACAAGGUAGGGAGUGGUUGUAACAGAGCCGGAUAACUUCAGAUUAGGCAAGACCAACCCUUUCUCUCUCUCUCUCUCUCUCUCUCUCUUUUUUUCUUUCUGAGUGUAUGAAAUAUUACCAGAGAUUCAUAACCUAUUGUAUCCUUGCUUCCAUCAGUGUGCUCCAGAUGAAGGUCAGGCCAGAAAAAGUGAUCAGUGCAGAAAACUGUGGUUACUGAGAAAAGCAAACACACAGUGCUGGUGAAUAUGUGUCUUAAACCAGCAUUUCAUACUCUUCCAGAGAAAAGCUCAAGGGCAGCGUUCCUACAGGCCAGUUCUGUGAAGAAGCUGCCAUUGUAUGGUUGUGAGAUGGUCUUUUCUCCAAACAGAGCUACCCAAAAAGAACUGUGAGGACUGCAAUGCCAAGCUCUUGAAAUGGAGCUUCCUGCAUCAAGCUUCUGAUCUGCAAGGCAAGUACAGCAGGAGGGCAUGAAUGCUUGCCCUGAUGCUUUGUCCCAUCCCACCCGCAUCACGUGGGUCACAGUGAUCCCUUGCAGCUCAUUGACAAAGACAGGGAGAUGUGGGGAAGGCUGGUGUUCUUUCCAGGGUCACUGUGGAAAUCUGUUUCUUGUUGCACGCUAGGGUCAAAUGAGUUACUGUCCACUCUUGCCUGGGUGUGAGGUGCAGCUGACUGGUGGAAUUUGAAGCUUCUCAGCCUGAGCAUGGGGUACCUAGGUGGAGAUAAGGUUUAUGAAGGCCAGUUCUCCCCGCUGUAAGGAGCUGUGUAAUCGUAACACUUCAGGCACAAAAGAAGGAUUCUUCCUAGUCAGAUCUGUGAUGACCUUGGUGAUUACAAGUAAGGACACGCACAGCCUGGGGGAGAGUGGGCUCCUGAUAUUUUCAGAGAUGUCAUUCUCAAAUGUUUCAAGAGUGACAUCUCUGUGGUUGAAAAAGCAACCCAUGAUCAUCCUGUCCUUGCUGUGGCGCCUUAAAACAGGAACACUGAAUUCCAGUGGUGUGUUGGCAGCUGCUGCAUGGCUGGAGAGGGCUGCACGCUGGUGGUCAGGGUGACAAUUGACCACUCAUGUAUGGUGUCUGCCAUAUUCCAGAAAAGGGCUUUGACUCAGCGAAGCAUCUGUUCUGCGGUCUGGCUCCAGAGAAGCAGUGUCCCAAGUUGCUCUGAAUGAUGAUAUGCUGCCAAGUGGAAGCAAGCUCAGAGUUUAUUUAAACACUUAACAAAUGCCUUCUCGUUGAUGCACAUUUACUUUGAAAUGCAUACCAGUCAAAAUUUAGCUGUGUUCAUAAGGUGCAUCUAAACCAAUGUUGUUAGACCACUGUAUCAAUUUUGCUAGCUUAAAUUGAAUGAGCAGAGGAAUAAUUAAGCAAAGGGGACCUCUGUGGAAAAGAUAAUCUUGAGCUCAGCUUUGUUCACAGUGACAGCUCUUUCAGUAUCACGUUAGGAGUUUUGCCCGUCUUCAUUCACAAUACGACACAGUCACAGCCCCUGCGUAACCAUGUAUGCAGAGAACUUGAUCUUAUGCUUUGCAGGUUGACAAAAUCCCUAACAAAUCUCAUGUCUUGUAUGAAAUAAAGUUCCUAAAGAACUGGUUUAA